AAUAAAACAGAGAAAAUAAGAAGUAAAAUGCGAAAGGAUAGAAGAAGUAGCGAGGCGGUGGCCGUCUAAAGCUCAGUCGCCGCCGCUGCCGUCGAAGUCUCCACCUCAGUCUCCGCCUCCGUUGGAUGCGCCGCCGUCUGAAGCUCCGUGUUCGCCGUUCGCCACAACCCUCGUUCACUGAGGAGAAUGGCGCGCGAGGGGGAAGAAGAAUCGCUGCACAUAUUCACUGUUAGGGUUUUUCAAAAUACUAAAGGGCAGUUUGGACUUUUCAUAUACUCAUUUGUCCCAGACAAGACUCAUCAUUUUGAAAAAGCAUCUAAAAAGUCUUACCCAAAAAAAAAAAAAAGAAGAAAAAUCCUAUUUUUCCCAAUUUCCCAACGUUCGACCAUUUUCUUUUCAUGGAUCAAUGUUGUUUGGCCACUGAGAAGAUAGCUCCAAAAUUUCCCGGAAAAUGAGAGAACUCCGAAUUUGCACUUUCCCUUGUUUAUCUUUAUGUUAGACAGCGAUAGGCCAUCUGAAGCUUCAUGGAGUCUGGAAUUUGCCAUUGCCAUAUCAUAAUUCUAGGGCCCUGUUUCACUUUCAUGCGGUCUUCUUUGGAGCAGAUAUUUCUGUUCAUCAAUGAAAAAGAUGAACCGGACAAAUUUCAUUCUGUGAGAAAAUAUCAUACUGCUCUUUCAGCACCCUUUGAUUUUUCUUUUUCAACAAAAAUGUUUGUAUUAUCCAUUUUUUUUUCAUGUGGGUUUUAUCGAUAAUGAUGGAAAAUUCAUUGAAAUCACUGAAAAAUAGGUAUCCCAACUUGGCAGCUAGCAUUCAUACAUACCCAGAAAAGAAAAAACAGACUUUGGGAAUGUGAUGUAUUUUCUUAAAUUUUUAGGCUGCUUACUGUUCAUAUUAACUCUGAAUCUUCUUCUUCUUCUGCUUCCAACUUUGUUAAUUCGAGUGUGUAUUGCUGGUGUAUCGGGCAAAAUGAUGUUCAAAAAUAAAAAAAGUUCACUGUUAUGCAAAAUAUUCCCAUUGGAACUUCUUCCUUGCAGUACGUUUCGUACAUAUUCAAGAGAGAGAGAUCAGAAAAUGGAUGAGAAGAGAGAAACCAAAGAGCCAUCAAGCUAUAAUCUCUCAUCUUCUGCUCAUCAAAUCAGCCCUACAGAGAAGAGGACCCCAAUCGAAGUCUUUCAAGUGCCUGGAAGUUCUGGAGUUGGCCAUUCCAAGGGGGAGAGUGAUCCCACUCAUGAGCAGGAUGAGGCAAAAACAUCCCUCUCUUCCUUUCGUCCUGUUGCUAGCACGGAAGCAUCCAGAAAGUGGAUGGCAUUUGAAAGUGAAAGCUUCGAUAUAACAAAGACAUACACAAAGAACUUCAGUGGUAGCUUUAGGUCAUAUUCUACUAAACUGUUGGAAACAAACAUGACAAAAAGGACUGCAGAGGAGAACAAGAUUGACGGUUUAUCAUUGCUGCAACUGACGUAUGUUAUCUCAGAUGCAACAAAACCAGAUUACCCUAUCAUGUUUGCCAGCAAUAGGUUCUUGAUUAUGACUGGAUAUACAUUGGAGGAGGUCAUUGGAAGGAACUGUCGGUUUCUUCAAGGACCAGAGACGGAUAAGAAUGAAGUAGCCAAAAUAAGAGAUGCAAUCAGAAAGGGAAGUAGCUACUGUGGCAAGCUCUUGAACUACAAGAAGAAUGGUACUCCUUUCUGGAAUCUUCUCACAGUUGGGCCUGUCAAAGACUCCCAUGGAAACAUCAUCAAAUUUAUUGGAAUGCAGGUUGAGAUCCCAAAAAACACAGAAGGUAUGAAGAAGUCAUCAUAUUCAAAUAAAACAGUACUUGAUGAAAAAGAGAAAACCAUGAGGUCCACGUCCAUUAUAGAAGUCCAAGCUGAGAGGGAAAUUAGGUCCAUUGUAGAGGUCCAAGCUGUGAAAAGUCUAAGAUCUCAUAUUCAGUCAAAAAGGCAUGAUGCUGAUACAAAAAACGAAGAGCCAGAAACGACUGAUGUUGACUAUGCUCUGUACAAGGCUCUGGAUGAUGAGAAUAUCAGCACAGCUGAUAACCAAAAGGCUUGGUUCAAAGAAAGGACUCUAGGUUCUGCAGUAGAAUGUGAAGAAGAGACAGUGGUUGAGACAUCUGUUUUCAAGCCUAGGAAUGGUGAUCACGUUGCUAAAAGAGAAAGGGACACACGUCAAGGAAUUGAGUUGGCUACUACAUUGGAACGGAUUGAGAAGAUAUUUUUUAUCACAAACCCAAGACUUCCUGAUAAUCCUAUUAUAUUUGCAUCUCGUAGGUUUCUUGAUUCCACAGAAUACACGAGUGAAGAAGUUCUAGGGAGAAACUUAUGGUUUCUUCAGGGACCUGAAACAGAUCCAACAACUGUCUCAAAGAUAAACAAUGCAAUUGAAGAGCAGAGAGAAAUCACUCUCCAGAUAAUCAACUAUACAAAGAGUGGAAAAAAGUUCUUGAAUUUAUUCCACUUGCAACCCAUGUGUGAUCAAAAGAAGGGCGAGCUUCAAUAUUUCAUUGGUGUGCAACUUCAUCAAAAACCUUCGAGAGACCGGCUUUUAGAUCGGACGGAGCAUGAAAGUGCUAAGCUGGCCAAAGCUGUAGCCGAAAAUGUUGACAAGGCUGUCCGUGAACUUCCUGAUGCCAACUUGAAACCAAAGAACUUCUGGGAAAUCUACUGUCAGCCAGUCUUGCCAAGGCCUCACAAGAAGUGCACUCUUUCCUGGAUAGCCAUACAAAAGGUUACCAGUCAGGGUGAAAAGAUUGGACUCCAUCAUUUCAGGCCAAUAAAACCUCUGGGUUUUGGAGACAUUGGCAGUGUUCAUUUGGUAGAACUAAAAGGAACAGGUGAACUCUUUGCUAUGAAGGCUAUAGAAAAGUCGGCAAUAUUAAAUCGAAACAAGGUUCAUCGAGCAUGCAUGGAAAGGGAAAUCAUAUCACUUUUGGAUCAUCCUUUCAUGCCAACACUAUACUCUUCAUUUCAGUCGCGUACACACAUUUUUCUUAUUAUGGACUUCUGCCCCGGUGGAGAGUUGUUUACCUUUCUUGACAAGCAGCCAAUGAAAAUGUUUAAAGAGGAAGCUGCUAGGUUCUAUGCUGCAGAAGUUGUCAUUGCUUUGGAGUACCUUCACUGUUUAGGUAUUAUUUACAGAGACCUAAAACCCGAAAACAUUCUACUCCAGAAAGACGGUCAUAUCAUCCUCACUGAUUUCGAUUUAUCGUUUAAGACAUCUAACAUACAAACAAUAGAAUCUUCACCCCCGAGAAAGAGAACAUGUAGGCAUAAAUCACUGCCGACAUUCGUCAUCGAACCUAUGGUAGAACUGAAUUCAUUCAUUGGAACUGAAGAGUAUAUUGCCCCAGAAAUCAUCAAGGGAGCAGGCCAUAGUAGUUCUAUUGACUGGUGGACUCUAGGUAUCUUAUUGUAUGAAAUGCUCUAUGGUCGCACUCCCUUCAAAGGCAAAAACAGGAAGAAAACUUUUGCCAAUAUUUUGUUCAAGGACUUAACCUUCCCCCUAAGUAUUCGGGCAAGUCUUGCAGCAAAACAGCUGAUUGAUGCACUACUACAGAGAGACCCUGCACGUCGUCUAGGUUCAAGUAACGGUGCCGAUGAAAUCAAACGACAUCCAUUUUUUCGUCAAAUAAAUUGGCCUAAGAUUCGAACCAUGACACCACCACAGCCAGAAGUAGCCCUUCAAAUAAUUCAGAGUGAUCCAAAAGCUAAUGAUUUGAAGUGGGAAGAUGGAGUGCUCAGUCAUUCAAUGGGUGCUGAUAUUUUCUGAAGGAUCUCUAUCUCAGCAGAAAAAUUGCAUUUUAAAAAGCAUGGGUGUGAAGAAAAGAGAGGAUCAUUGACCUCCUAGAGUAAGGAGACAUUUAGCUUUGUUUAUAUAUGUGUGAUAGAAUACCAUUCAGAAGCAUUCAGCCUAUAAAUAGAUGUGUAUAAAUGCUUUUGAGUAGAAUAUUAAACAAUAAAUCCAUUUUUAUCAUGAUUAAGAAGUCUCAAAGAAAUCCCAAGUGGUGCCUUUAUGGUAA